CUGAGUCCUGGCGGCUUGUGCGCAUGCGCAAGUAGAAGGGAUGUCGAACCUGGCCUCCUGCGAUCCGGCGGGUCUCCAAGCCCCAGCUCAGGCGGAGCAAAAGCCGCCGCCUUCGCUGAAGCCGUGCUGUGCCUGUCCGGAGACAAAGCAGGCGCGCGACGCUUGCAUCAUCGAAAAAGGAGAAGAAAACUGUGGCCAUCUUAUUGAAGCUCACAAGGAGUGCAUGAGAGCUUUGGGUUUUAAGAUAUGAACAAGAUGAGUCAUAUAUUGGAAUCUUUCGUAGGUGAUUUACUGUGGAUAAUUGGAAACUUUAUUUCCACAACUGGUUGAAUUGCUUUUUGAUGUUUUUUUUAUGAGAAGAUGGAGAAAAAUAUUUAAAAUAAGUUUUAAAAUCACAACAAUAUAUUGCUAAUCUAUUCUUUGGAUUUGGAAAAUUGUGAUAAUAAAUUAUUUUUAGUAUUUAAAGUUCUAAUUUAAAUAGAGGAUUAUUUCUUUCCUGUAUAUAAAAUAUUAUGAAUGCAAGCAAUAAAGCAAUUUGGUCUGAAUACAA